GAGCGCCGAGGCCUCUGGGUAGAUGGUCCUACCCCGCCCCUUAGUUGAAGGCGGUGACGGCUGCUUCUGCGGCACCGCUCCUCCUAGGAUGGCUACUCUGGUUGUAAACAAGCCUGGAGCGGGACUAGACAGUGGCCGUCAGGGCAGCCGGGGUACGGCCGUGGUGAAGGUGCUGGAGUGUGGAGUUUGUGAAGAUGUCUUUUCUUUGCAAGGAGACAAAGUUCCUCGCCUUCUGCUUUGUGGCCACACAGUCUGUCAUGACUGUCUUACCCGCCUGCCUCUUCAUGGAAGAGCAAUCCGUUGCCCUUUUGAUCGACAAGUAACAGAUCUAGGAGAUUCAGGUGUUUGGGGAUUGAAAAAAAAUUUUGCUUUAUUGGAGCUUUUGGAACGACUACAGAAUGGACAUAUUGGCCAAUAUGGAGUUGCAGAAGAAGCCAUUGGGAUAUCUGGAGAGAGUAUCAUUCGUUGUGAUGAAGAUGAAGCUCACGUUGCGUCUGUAUAUUGCACUGUGUGUGCAACUCACUUGUGCUCAGAGUGUUCUCAAGUUACUCAUUCUACGAAGACAUUAGCAAAGCACAGACGAGUGCCUCUGGCUGACAAACCUCAUGAGAAAACCAUGUGCUCUCAGCAUCAGGUACACGCCAUUGAGUUUGUUUGCUUGGAAGAAGGCUGUCAGACUAGUCCACUUAUGUGCUGUGUCUGCAAAGAGUAUGGAAAACACCAAGGUCACAAGCAUUCAGUAUUGGAACCAGAAGCUAACCAGAUCCGAGCAUCAAUUUUAGAUAUGGCUCACUGUAUACGGACCUUCACUGAGGAAAUCUCAGAUUAUUCCAGAAAAUUAGUUGGAAUCGUUCAGCACAUUGAAGGAGGAGAACAAAUAGUGGAAGAUGGAAUUGGAAUGGCCCACACAGAACAUGUACCGGGUACUGCAGAGAAUGCCCGGUCAUGUGUCCGAGCUUAUUUUUCUGAUCUUCAUGAAACUCUGUGUCGUCAAGAAGAAAUGGCUCUAAGUGUUGUUGAUGCUCAUGUUCGAGAAAAACUGAUUUGGCUCAGGCAGCAACAAGAAGAUAUGACUAUUUUGUUGUCCCAAGUUUCAACAGCCUGUCUUCAUUGUGAAAAGACUUUGCAACAAGAUGAUUGUAGAGUUGUUUUGGCAAAACAGGAAAUUACAAGGUUACUGGAAACAUUGCAAAAACAGCAGCAGCAGUUUACAGAGGUUGCAGAUCACAUUCAAUUGGAUGCCAGCAUCCCUGUCACUUUUACAAAGGACAAUAGAGUUCACAUUGGACCAAAAAUGGAAAUUCGAGUUGUUACACUAGGAUUAGAUGGUGCUGGAAAAACUACUAUUUUGUUUAAGUUAAAACAGGAUGAAUUCAUGCAGCCUAUUCCAACAAUUGGUUUUAAUGUGGAAACUGUAGAAUACAAAAAUUUGAAGUUCACUAUUUGGGAUGUAGGUGGAAAACACAAAUUAAGACCAUUGUGGAAACAUUAUUACCUCAAUACCCAAGCUGUUGUAUUUGUUGUUGACAGCAGUCAUAGAGACAGAGUUAGUGAAGCACACAGUGAACUUGCAAAGUUGUUAACAGAGAAAGAACUCCGAGAUGCUUUGCUCCUGAUUUUUGCUAACAAACAGGAUGUUGCUGGAGCUCUGUCAGUAGAAGAGAUCACUGAACAACUUAGUCUGCAUAAAUUGUGCUGUGGCCGUAGCUGGUAUAUUCAGGGCUGUGAUGCUCGAAGUGGUAUGGGACUGUACGAAGGGUUGGAUUGGCUUUCACGGCAACUUGUGGCUGCUGGAGUAUUGGAUGUUGCUUGAUUUUAAAUGGAGCAGUUAUUUAAACUUUUGUGGUUAAGAGUUAUUUUGCACAUAAUAUAAGAAAUUCUACAUCUCAAAGAUAGUUUAUUUAGGGUGUAUAUUUAAAAUGAAUCUUGGUUGGGGAAUUCAGUACAAUAUGGCUUUGAAAAAAGUUACUCUUAAACAUUUGACUGAACAGAUUAAAUUGCAUUAAAUAGGGACUUCUUAAAUAUACAUGUUUUAAAACAUACAUUUGUUAUUUAAGUUUUUCACAUUAUAUGUGAUCCCUUUGUUGGGAAAGAAGUAGUCACAGAGAAAGGGUAAGUGAAGGUUUAUUGUUUCAGUGAAAAAAGAAUAGCCAACUGAGUGCCUAAUGCAAACUUUGUGAAGCAAAUAAAACAUAGCUGCUUUAACUUGCCUUUUCACUGGAUUUUGGCAGUGUUUAAUAGCAAAACACCAGUGACUUAAUGAAAUAGAAUCCAAACUGCAUCUUUGGGUAAUAGGAUUACUUUACUUUUAUGUUCAAUAUAACAACACUUUUAAUGCUAAGAACUAUAAACUACAUAAAAUUAGUAUUUUAUAGUGUUUUAUUAAAACUUUCUCCUAAGCCCUUUUGUAUAAAACCCACUGAGUCAGAUGAAAUGCUAUCUAACUAGGUACGGCUGUCAGAUUAGUAUUAAACUGAAGAACAAUAAUAAAACUGUGAAAAUCAGUUAUGUUGUAGUUAAUCUUCACUUAUGAAAGACCCAUUUCCAGGGUUGAACCUGGUUAUAUUAUUUCCUAGGUCACAGCUCUAAAUUGGUCCUUCUGUUUUUUCAACAUGUUUAAAGUAGUUAGUAGAGUUCCUUUUAAAAAUAAUAUUGCAUCCUUAGUGGGAAUGAUUAUAGGUAAAAUGUAGUUAAGUUACACAUAGAGCCAGGGUUGGCUUUAAGUAAAAGACAGAAGUAGAAAUGCAGAAAACUACAUUUAUCUUUAGACAAGGCAUUUAAGCAGUGGAGAAUCAGUUACGUUAAGUGCUUUCCCAAAAUAAAUGCAUUUAUCUUGACAAAAUGUUAUCCAGGCUCUUCAUAAGGCUUUGAAAAGUUAUUUGAGAAAGAAUAUGUCUAAGAAAGGAUAAGAAAUGUUCAGAUAGUUUACAUCACAUUUAUUAUGCAGUGUUGUAAAAGUUUUAAAAUUUUCUGCUUUUUACUGUUUUUCAUUUUUUUAAGGAUACUUAUGGCAGUAGGAUUUACAUUUAAACAUCGCUAGAUUGGAUUUUUAUUUUUUAUUAAAUGCUCUUCAUCCUUAUAGAUGAAGUUGAAUCCUGUCUUAUUAGUUCAACUGCUAGGAGAUGUGGGUCUUAGGUGGCACUGUUUUGGUUCCGUCUCUUCAAAUGUACUUUUGUUUGUUUAAAAUAAACAGCAUAACUUUUAGAAAACAAAGCGUUAGGAAAAAAAGUCCAUCAGUGUUAUGGGCACUGUGUAAAUAAGUAAAUAUUUCAUCCUUUAUUUUUCAAGUAAAAGUCAUGCUGUUACAAGUGUAAUUUGUGCACAUAAGUAAUACUUACGAAUUAAAUUAUUUAAUAUUUGAUUACAAUAACUGUGAAAAAUAAAAAAAUGUGUUAACAUUUGCCUGUGAGCCCUUGAACUGUUUUCUCUACUAGGUAAUUGAAAAAAAAAAAAAAAAAGUCUAACACUAACAUGUAAACAUGUUUUUCUUGUAAAUUAUUAAGUUUAUUUCACCAAUUUUGCUAAACUUUGUAAUUCACAUUCUUAGCAUAUUAUUAAACGCAAUGUAAAAUAUGUGCUUAGACCUGAGUAUAAUGUACAUAAUAGUGUUUGUGUGUGAUUUUUUUUUUUUAAGAAAUAUUUUUCUCAGGCCCUUAUGACUAUUUGUGGUUGUAUUCUUUCACUGAUCAUUAGUUAAGAUUCUGCUAGUUCCCUCUGGGAAAUGUCAAAUUUAAUAAUGAGAGAGAUAUUUUAAGUACAGUCUAUUCGGAUUUGCCUCCUAGCUCUGAAUUUCUGUAUUAAGCCUAAAUAUUAUUGUAUGGUUUAUGUAAAGCAGGUUUUACAAGUGUGUAGCCCUGGUGUAUAAUUCCGGAAUGCUUUAUUAUCACCAGAAGCCAUUAUUUGCAUUACAUAUAGGCAGCAAUAAAAUGUUAAAAUCAUUUUAAAGAAGUCCUAUCAUUAUUUCAAAAAUUCUGUUUCAUGUACCAUCUAUCUACUAAUAGAGUAUAGCUAGUAACCAAUUAAAAAAGUAAUUUGUGCUGUGGUUAAGAAAAAGAAAACAAAAUGGAAUAGGAUUGACUUGCAUGUGAAAUUUGAGUUGUAGUUUAUUAAAGAUUUAGAAAUAAUUUAUUCUGUAGUUGCAAGGUAAGUCUGACUUAAAAUGAGUAUUAUAGAUAGUGUCUUGAAAGGAGAAGUACAAUUUUGCAUUCAAGUGAAACUCCUGCCUUUUAAAUUUUAAAUAACUGUUUUAGAAAAUGGCUGUGAAAACUUAGCUGUAGCCUAUGAACUAAUUUACUAAAAGACAUUUUAUGUAUCAUUGAGGUACCUUUCAAUUUGCAAAGUGGUAAAAAGGAAGAUCGUUCAUUUUCCCUAAAAAAAUAAUGAAGAGGACGAAUGUAUCAGAUGGUAUCCUGCUAAUAAUUUAAAAUAUGGUUUAAAAAAGACUUCUAGGAAGAUAUGUUUUUAGGUCUACUGAUUAUGUUAAACUUGUGACAGGGAAUGGCAAUAUUGAUUAAUCAAAUAUGAUUUGCACUUAAGGCAAAAUACUAUUUCUGGGGGGCUUGGGGUAUCAUCACCACUUGGUGGCAGUAUUAUCAAAAAUUUAGGAAUAAGUUUUCAGCAAUGAUUAAAUUGCUAGGGAGAUGUCUAGACACAGAAAAUAGGAAGAAAAGAUAAAUGUCACAAUGAAAAGUCAUUUUAUGUCUAAGUUCUACUUUAUAAAAGGAGGACAUAAUGUUGAAGUAGCACAACUUGGCACAUUCUUCAUCUCACAAGUUUGUAGUACAAAAUGGAUAAAGGAAGUAGCCUGCUUAUCAAUAGAAGGAAAAGUUUAAGUUUAGAUUUAAAUGUAAGAAUGUGAAUUCCCGGGGCUCCUGGGUGGCUCAGUCAGUUAGGCAUCCAAAUGUUGAUUUCAGUUCAAGUCAUGACCUCAUGGUUUGUGGGAUGGAACCCUGCAUCAGGCUCUGUGCUGACAGUGAGGAACCUGCCUGGGAUUCUCUCUCCCACGGUCAUUGCCCCUCCCCUGCUUGUGUUUUCUCUCUCUCUCAAAAUAAAUAAACUUAAAAAAAAGAAAAGGAAAAAAAGAAUGUGAAUUCCCUAAAUAUGUCUGUUGAGGUGUUCUUCUUUAACUUUUUGAAGAGUCUCUCUGGAAACUAGAAGCAGUGUUUCUUUUUUUAUUUUUUAAAUUUAUUUUUAUUUUAUUUAUUUUUUUAGAGAGAGAGAAAGAGCACAAGCAGGAGAGGGGCAGACACAGGAUCUGAAGCAGGCCUCAGGCUCUGAGCUGUCAGCACAGAGCCUGUUAGAGGGCUCAAACUCCAGCAAGACCAUGACCAGAGCAGAAGUCAGAUGCUUGAUUGACUGAACCACACAGGGGCCCCUAGAAGCAGUGGUUCUUAAUAGCUCUGAAGUCAGGGGAUGACUGGGUGGCUCAGGUGGUUAAGCAUCUGACUUUGGCUUAGGUCAUGAUCUUGCAGUUCAGGUGUCUUAAGCCCUGUGUUGAGCUCUGUGCUCUAAGUUCAGAGCCUGGAGACUGCUUCAGAAUUUGACUCCCUCUCUCUCUGUGCCCCUCCCC